CUGGCCUCACCCUCUCAGGCCCCUCCGGCCUCUCUGGCCGGUGCCACACCGGCCCAGACUCGUCCCCUGACCCGUGUGCGGCCCCCCCCACCCCUGUCCCUGGAGCUGCAGCCUGCAGGCUCGAAUGCCCCUGUGCAGCGUCUGCGAGGCCAGCAGCCACCCCAGGCUCCCCCAUGCUCCCAGUCCAGCGCCCAGAUCCAGCCCCCUCCACCCUGGCCUGGGCCCGUUCCCGCCCCGCACGGCGCGGCGCCCACUGAACAGAGCCCCCCCCCAGGCACACGGAACGCCGUGCUCAAUACGGAGGCGCGCACGGUGGAUGCGGAUGUGCUGAGCCGUCGCUGCGUGCUCAUGCGGCUGGUGGACUUCUCCUACGAGCGGUACCAGAGGGCGCUGCGGCAGUCGGCGGGCGCUGUGGUCAUCAUCCUGCCCCGGGCCAUGGCUGCCGUGCCCCAGGAUGUCAUCCGGCAAUUCAUGGAGAUCGAGCCCGAGAUGCUGGCCAUGGAGACCGCCGUGCCCGUGUACUUCGCCGUGGAGGAUGACGCACUGCUGUCCGUCUACCGGCAGACCCAGGCCGCCUCCGCCUCCCAGGGCUCCGCCUCCGCCGCUGAGGUGCUGCUACACACAGCCACCGCCAAUGGCUUCCAGAUGGUCACCAGCGGGGCCCAGAGCAAGGCCGUGAGCGACUGGCUCAUCACCAGCGUGGAGGGGCGGCUGACAGGGCUUGGCGGCGAGGACCUGCCCACCAUUGUGCUCGUGGCGCACUACGACGCCUUCGGAGUGGCCCCUGUACGUGUGCGCGCCACCAGCCCCGGGAUGGUGCCCACCCACCCGGCGGCCCCUUCCUGCCAUCUCACUCUGGGCCCCCAGGCGGCAGCAUUGUACAACCUCCUGUUCUUUGCCUCCGGGGGGGGCAAGUUCAACUACCAGGGCACCAAGCGCUGGGACCCUGAGUUCGUCUUCUAUGACCAGCUGAAGCAGGUGAUGAACGCGUACAGGGUCAAGCCAGCCAUCUUCGACCUGCUGCUGGCCGUGUGCAUCGGCGCCUAUCUGGGCAUGGCCUACACGGCGGUCCAGCACUUCGGCCUCCUCUACAAGACGGUGCAGAGGCUGCUGGUGAAGGCCAAGACGCCGUGA